UUCUAUAAAUAGCAGCCCUCUCUCCUUGCACAUGGUUAUUUUGCACUCCCACCCCUCAAAAAUUUCCAGCCGCCACAGCUUUUCCCUGCCUUUCUUCUUCACGGCAGCAACAGCCAUCACGGAGCCGUGCUCCUCCCAUGGCGGCUCCUCUCCUCUAGGCAUCGCCUCUCCCAGCCAGCGCAUGUUCAUCUUCCUCCCCACCGCUCCUUCCCUGGUGCAGGCGCAGGGAGCAGUUCCCAUGGCCGAGCUCCAUUCCAGCAGGGACGCUCAGGACCCGACGCCCCUGUGUACGCUCCCUCCAUGGCUCCCUGUUCCUCAGCUCCAUGGGCGCGAGCCCCUUCUUCUACCUCUGGCCGGCGGCGAGUAGCAGCCCCACCUCCCUGCGCCCUUCUCCCCCAUGGGCUGCUUAUCCAGCUCGUCCCUCUCCUCCCCUCUAUUUUCCUGUGCGUGCGCAGAGGCUCCUCCAUGGCCGUCGGCCCCCUGCAGCUUCCCAAGCGCCCCCUCUCUCCCAUGGCUGGGCAGCAGCUCUGCUCGCCCCCUCCCAUGGCGCCUCCACCUCCCUGCGUGCCCUCUGCCCUUCUUCCUCCCCUGGCCGAGCUACUACGCAAAGCAGCGGCAGCAGCUUCCUUGGACGGCGCCCAGAAAUUCCAGCAGAGCUCGCCCCAUUUUUUUUCCUCCCUGGCCGAAGGUUCCCCCUGCUGCUAGCUCGGCAACCAUGGCGAGCAGCCCCGGCAGCGAGCUCCUCCCUUGCUUUGCUGUCGGACGUCCCUGCCACUACCUCACUCCCUCGUCGCGCAGCGAACUCCAUCGCCAACCUGCGCAGCAAGCUGCGCGCUGCAGCAGCAGCCAUGAGAUCCCGUCCGUGUCGCCAGCGUCGACCCGAUUUGCGCAGCGGUGCCGGUCCACCGCAGCAGCACCAUGCUGCGCCGUUGAUCUGCGCGGUUCGACUGUCUCCGCGUCUCGCUUCGCCGAAUCUACGCAGCGCCGACGUGCCAUCGUGGGAACCCGUGCCCUUGUUGACGUCACGCCUUGCGCAUCGCUCGUCGGCAAAGAGCCCAAACUAAUGGCAUACAUGCGCGGCACGAGUCGGCCAGGUUGUUCGCCUUGUAUGAUUGCGAUUUAUUUUACUUACGUAUUCGGUCGAUGAUGUACCUGCGUGUUUAUAUGCGUGUGAAAAUAAAUUGUAUGAAUGAACACGUAUAUAGAAGAAAAUGAAGUAGAACAAGAACUCGAAUGUUUUUAUAUUUUUGGUAGGAUCACAUUUACGGUUAGAGA